UUCACCCCACUUCUGCAAAAUGCAGUCUCUUGCUGUUGUCCUUUUCCUUUCGUUUGUGCAUCUCACAUCUGCCUUGGACAAAAUAUUUGUCAGUGCUAAUGGCACCUUUGCAGUCAGAAAGAGUUACAGCACAAUAACUGUCAGUAAUGGAGGAUCUUGGGGGUACUGGACAUGGAUUGAUAAGUGUCCAGAACAAUCAUAUGCCAUUGGAUUUAGUAUAAAGGUGGAAGAGUAUAGAGGAGCAAGUGAUGACACGUCACUCAAUGGAAUCCGUCUGUUCUGUUCAAGUAAUGACAACAUUAUGUAUACUGUUGAAUCUGAAACUGGAGAGUUUGGGCACUGGUCAGGUAUUAUAUGGUGUCCAAAAGACAGCAUUUUACAAUCCUUUCAGCUGAAAGUUGAACCGCCACAGGGAGCUGGAGAUGACACAGCAGUCAACAACAUCAGAUUCCGUUGUACCAAAGGUGCUAUCCUAGAAACAGCUGGUGGUAGCUUUGGUAAUUACGAUGCGUGGAGUGCAGCAUGUAAUGCAGGUGGAAUUUGUGGCAUUCAGACCAAGCAGGAGCCAUAUGGGGGCUUUUUUGUUGAUGAUACAGCAUUAAAUGAUGUUCGCCUCCUCUGUUGUCAAUAAAUUAUGUUGACUCUA